AAAGCGUCUGGGACGGGGCCCGGCGAGGCUCAUGCUAGACGGCUUCGCGUCUCGGCGGAAAACCUUUGGGGACCGCGACCGUGCUGGAGACCAUGGGAUACCUGCAGCUGCUCAGAACCUUGCUCCUGUGCGGCCUGCUGGCGGGCUGGUGCCCACCGGGCGCCAGGGCCCAGGAGCCUGGAGCCAGCUCCUCACACGGCGCCGGCGGGGGCCUGGAUAAGAAUACAGUGCACAACCAAGAGCAUAUCAUGGAACAUCUGGAAGGUGUCAUCAAGCCAGAGGCAGAGAUGUCCCCGCAGGAACUGCAGCUCCACUAUUUCAAGAUGCACGAUUACGAUGGCAAUAAUCUGCUCGACGGCUUGGAGCUCUCCACGGCCAUCACGCACGUCCACAGGGAGGAAGAGAGCGAACACGCUCCACCGAUGAACGAAGCGGAAUUGAUCAACCUAAUCGAUGGCGUUUUGAGAGACGAUGACAAGAACAAUGACGGUUACAUCGACUACGCCGAAUUUGCAAGCUCACUGCAGUAGCCCGGCAUGGGGUGGCCUCCUAGCUUUAUGCAAACAGGACCCAAAAUAAUGUGAUUAGUGCUUUCCGUAAUGCAAAAUAACUCAUUUCCAACCACUGCUGCAGUGUUUGGGCAAAAAACCUGCAGCAACUAGUUAAACUGGGGUAAGAAAGAAAAAUCCAGAGAAAGGGGACAUGUCUCAGGACUGCAAAACCUCUCCUUGGACCAGGGCCCGAAUAAAGGUUUUUGUUGUUUUCUGUAAGAAUGGGCAAUAUCUGGAGCUGAGUACUCAGGAACUUGAAUGUGACAAUAAGAUGCCACUCGUGUCUCCGUUUUAAGUCAUGCUCCCGCACAGCAGGGCAGCAAGCUCUGUCAAGUGGACUCAUUGCAACUCUGAAGGAGUGGAGGGGCCACCACGUUUUCCCCAGUGGGGCCUGUCCCUUCUGGCUCACAUGGGCAGUGCUCUGUGAAGGUCCUUCAGCCUAAAUAACGGCUCGCUCCGGGCCAGUGGGUAAUCCUACGGCCAUUUCAGAGCCGCAGCCUAAGAAGCAUGUCAGGUGUUGAAGUUCAAGAGUCUGUGUGUAGCCUCUGGCAUUUUGGAAGUGACCACCUUAGACCUAAGCAAUGACCUCUCCCGUUUUUUCAGUACUUAAUAAAACUACCGCCACAUUCGGACACUUCCUUUGUCUUCUGUAUUCAAUGUGAGCGAGACGGGGGCUUCACGAUAGUUCUCUGCUCUAAUCAAUAGCAAAUGUUUUGGCUUUCGUAAUCCUUGUACUUAGCUCUGGUUUCUAAACUCUUGUUUUUGGCAGCUUAGAAACUGUUCGGAGCAUAAAGACUUACAGUGCAGGCCAAACAGCUGGCAGGUCUAAUCUGGCGAAGAAGUAGAAAAUCGCCCUCCAAGCACAGCGGUGGGCCCACUGUAAGAUUAGAAUUUAGAAGGAAUAGUGUUUAAAUGACCUUUUCAGCCCAAAUACGUGAAUUCUUUCAGAGCAGGAAAGAUUACGCAGAGACUCUCAGAAACGCCUGCAGUAUGACUUAGUUGUGGGAAAUGAGAGGCAGCUGACAGUGACUUAGCCUAUUGGACGUAUGGACAAGUCAUAAAAGACAUGAAGUGAUGAAUCGGUGGGGCAGACACUGCCCACCACUUGUUAUCGGAUGUAUAGAGACUUAUUUUCUUUAUUGAAAUAUUCUUCUAAGAACCUAUGUAUUUGUAAAAAUGGUUUCUUGUGUCAAGUAUUUGUGCAAUCAGAGCAGAAUUGUAAACUAUUCUUAUAAUAGCGAAUUAUUUCAAAAGAUUUGUAUAAUGUAUUCUGGACACAUGACCAAUAAAACUGGCAAACCAAA